AUGGAGGAUCCGGAAGAACCCCCUCCACCAAAGAAGCAACGCUUCAAGCAUCUUACCUUUAAUCAGUGCGUGGCUUCUAUUGGAGGAGACAGUGCCAAGUUUAGUAGGAGGUUAUCACAUCGUCCUAACGACAGCGAAUUGUUCUUCACAGAAGCCUUAACAAAAUGGAAUGAUCAGGAUUUUGGCGUCCAUUACACCUCAUUCGUGGACAGCUUGCCUUGCGAUGAACUCAGUACUCAUGCACAGUUGCUUCAUCAUAGAAAAAGCAUCACCGCUUUAUUACUGAAAAACUUACAAGAUCAGAAGUGCAAAUCCAUACAAGCGUUUUGCGAAUUGCUAUCUGCACUUGUCCUGGAUUUGAAGGAGGAUUUCCGUGACGAUAUGUGGGAUUUCUUCGGUGCCUUGACGAAUGUGCUAGAUCUUGGCGAACGCGAUGUUGAAUCAGUGGAAGCGGCAUUCUAUACCUUGUCACUUAUGGUGAGAGUAAUGUGGAAAACACUUAUCAAAAAUUUCAACUCCUCCUUUGUUCACUUCAUCCCCAUUUUCGGGAGUAGCAGGCCCUAUGUUCGUCGCUUUGCAGCUGAAUCGUUUUCAUUUGUGAUGAGGAAAUCUUCGAAGUUGAGCAUGCUAUCCCGGACUGUCGUGGAGCAGGCGUACAAGGUGCAGGAUGAAAGGCUGACCGAGGGCUGUGCUGAACUGUUUUUUCAUGUGUGUAGAGGAGUUGGUGGAGGAUUUCAUAGCGCCGCCAAAGAGCAAGUCCGCAGCAUCAUUACUGGUAUACUGAAACUUCAAGAUCAAGAUAUACGGGAAUAUGGUGUGACUAUACUAGAGAAAGCAGUGGAGUUCAUUGUGAAAUAUGUGCAGAAGGCAACCAAAGGCGAUCUUUCCUUUCUUGAAGUUACUCUUAUUGACAUGAUGGAAAACGCGCCUACCAUGCUGCAUUGCACGUAUCUUUUACGACUUUUAAGUCUUUGUUUUGUGCAACGGAAAUGGAAGAGUUUAUUCUCUUCUCAAAAACUUCUGCACUCCGCAGUUGAGAAAGUCUUAACGUCUUCGUUUUUUGAAGUUAACACCGAAUUUAUUGAGUUUCUCUCGAAGAGUAUACACGCCGUGUUCUCUGAUAAGGAAUGGGGCAGCCGUAUUGGUUCAAUAUGUGCAAAAAUGAUCUCACUUGAGGGUAGACUUUCACUGGUACUAGAUCUGUUCGAUACCAUGCUAGACGUGGUGUAUUUUGAUGAUUAUUUAUUGCCAGUUAUUGGUACGUUGUCAGAGGAGUUGUUCUCUAAGGAACCAUCAUUAUCAACACGUUUGCUUAAUUUGUACUCAUCAAUUUGUCUGAAAAUGAGACCAAUCCAAGAUGCCCUGUCUAGGAGUCGUAAACCAAUUUUCAACGUUGCCGAACACCUUUCUGUCAAGCAGCAUGUGAUUGAAUUGAUUCCUCGUCUUGCUUCAAUUGAAAGAUCUCUUACUGCGUCUGUACUGCUAAUUUGGCCGUGGAUGUUUGAUGCUACUGAAUCCGCAUCAGGUGAAGAAAACGUGAUCGGUUAUCUGAAAGAGCUGAUUGCUGGAGAUGAUCAUUCGCUCGAAGCUUCGCAACUAGCUCUCAUUGCUGCGUCUUCCCUAUUUCAAGUUAAAAAAUCGCUCCUGAAGAACAUUGAUUCCAAUGAACUGGAACGAUUUGUGCAGCAAUUGUUGCGAGUCUUCGCUUCGCUUACAUCGAUUUUACUUAGAGGCGAACGAGAAUGCAUUAGAAGGGAAAUAUCUGAACUCCUUACACCUUGCUAUUUCCAUCCGAAUGGGUAUGUGAGAAGAACUGCCUUGGAAAUACUGAAAUCGUUCAAUAUCGAAGUAGAAGGAGUUGAGGAUGAGGAGAAAAGACAUUCGGAGGAACACGACGAAAACUUAUUCUCUAUCAUGCUUGCGGCUGAGUGCUGCGAGGUCAUAGACUCCAGAGGUCGUCUGCUUCAGUUUCAUAAGCUCAUGUUCGGUCCCCACAGAAGGUUUAUGCCAAAGGGCAGUGGUGUGGCAUAUGAUCAUAUCAUCUUGCGCAUCAGUUUUGCCCAGUUCUUCGUUCAAUUUACAAAACUAUGGCCUUCUAUGUAUGAGAUACUAGAAUCGUUUGCACGUGGCAUGGAUAUCGACGCCUUCUGGACGAUCUUCGCGGAAAUUCUAGACCAAGUCAAUGCUGGAUGUCGAGAGCAAGGAGAGAAAGGACAUACCGUCACUCUUUUGCCUUGGUGUGACAAGGACGACAGAUUUGACUACAACUCAGCUCGCAUUCAAAUCUUCAAGUUUAUGGUCACUAUCUCAGACCUAGCUCAGCGACGUACACGCAUUUUAUCUCCUAUUGUCUUGAAAAUUUAUGAAUCAGAUUAUCUUCCUCUCAUUGUUGAGAGUUUAAGCCCGCUUUCCAAGGAUGUUCAUGUUGAAAAUUCUCAAGCCGAGGACCCCAAUGGAGCAGCAGCAGAGCAAAGCCCAGAUGCCACUUAUGAACAACGAAUGCACGUAAUAAAGGCGUUGUGUGCACUUCUAGAUGUUUUCGCUAAAUUCACCGAUGCAAAAUCGGUUUACAUGGAGUCCAAAAUACGCACCAUGUACGAACAUCUCCUAAUGGUGGGUAACGACAUGGUCCAGAAAUCGGCCUUGGCGUGUAUUUUUUCAUACCGAGAUAAGGCGUUGUUGCCCUAUAAAGAGAACUUUGAACGACUUCUUGAUGAAAAAACAUUCCGAGAGCAGCUAGUCCUGUUCACAAUCAACGAGGAAGAUGGAAAUUCAAUCGUGCACAUAGAUCACAGGAAGACAGUGAUGCAUGUUCUGCUCAGGUUUUUGUAUGGCAAGUUGUGGUCUCAGACAAAACGUAACUUUGCCGAGUCGAGGCGAGCCGCCAUAUUCCGUUACCUUGGUGGCUGCCGACAGGAGGAGCUGCUAGAGUUUCUUAAAAUUCUAUUCGCGCCCAUUCUUGACGUCAUUGGUGCUGACCAGAUGGACUACAACAAGAUGGAUGCGCUGUGCGCUAACAAUGACGUGCUGUUCAAAAUGGAUUUUGGCAAAAUUAACAGGUACGAAUAG